AUAUUAUUAGGUGCAACAGGGCAGCAGGCAGUGUGACCCAACAAUAGACAAUUGGACACCCUGUUCCUCUUCGGCUCCUCUCUUCACGUCUACCAUCUUUGUUCCUCUUUCUUCUUCUUCCUCUUCUUCUCCCAAUCCUUUGUCGUUUGCUCUGUCUGGGUUUUGAGCCGGAGGAGACGGGAUUUGCUGUGCAUGAUCGAUUGGGUUUCUUGCGUAAUUGCGGCCCAAGAAUCGGGAUUUUCCCCGGCGCCGAAACCGGUCAAAGAGGACCCAGGUGCAUCUGUCUGUAGACAAGAGAAUAUAAUCUUUGGGCAUCCUCUGUGGUUCAUCUCUUAGAAACGUACCGAACAACCUGCAAAUUAGUCUCCUGCUCUUUGCAUCAAAAUGUCAGUUCGACGCCGAUCAGAGAGCAUGGAGUUCUCGUUUGAUGAGAGGAAAGAUCGAAGGUCAGAUGUGGAGAACUCAGAGGACGAGCGGAGAAGGUUGUCCAUUGGGUCACUCAAGAAGAAGGCGCUGAAUGCGUCGAACAAGCUAACACAUUCACUAAAGAAGAGGGGGAAGAGAAAGGUGGAGAAUCGGCCCUCAUUCACAAUUGAAGAUGUCAGGGAUGAAGAAGAGGAGCGUGCUGUCUUCACCUUCCAGCAAGAGCUUUUUAGCAGGAGCUUGCUGCCUGACAAGCACAAUGAUUACCACAUGCUGCUGAGGUUUUUGAAGGCUAGGAAAUUCGACACGGAGAAAGCCAUUCAAAUGUGGGCUGAGAUGCUCCAGUGGAGGAAAGAAUUUGGCGCAGACACAAUACUAGAGGAUUUCAAUUUUGAAGAGCUGGACGAUGUUCUUUGCCAUUAUCCUCAGGGUUACCAUGGAGUUGACAGGCAGGGAAGACCUGUAUACAUAGAAAGGCUAGGGAAAGUUGAACCAAACAAACUGAUGCACAUUACUACAGUUGACCGCUACAUGAAGUAUCAUGUACAAGAGUUUGAGAGAGCAUUCCACGAAAAGUUUCCAGCAUGCUCUAUUGCAGCAAAAAGGCAUAUUGAUUCUACUACGACCAUACUAGAUGUUGAUGGUGUGGGUCUUAAGAACUUCAGCAAAACAGCAAGGGACAUGCUAGGUAGAAUGCAGAAGAUUGAUAGUGACUAUUAUCCUGAGACACUGCAUCAGAUGUUUGUUGUGAAUGCUGGUAAUGGUUUCAAGCUACUCUGGAAUACAGUGAAAGGCUUUCUUGAUCCCAAAACGGCCUCAAAGAUACAUGUUUUGGGAACAAAAUUCCAUGGCAAACUUCUUGAAGUAAUAGAUGCAAGUCAACUUCCUGAAUUUUUGGGUGGAACAUGCACUUGUGCCGCUGAGGGAGGAUGCCUCAAGUCUAACAAAGGCCCAUGGAAUGAUCCUAAUAUUAUGAAGCUUGCGCAUAACAAGGAGGCCAAAUUUACAAGACAUACUCGGCGCUUGUCUGAGAUUGAGCAGCGAAGGGGUUCAUUUGCUAGGCUACAUCUUUUGAAGGGUAGAAGCAGUGACACAUCAACAGUUGAGUCUGGAUCAGAUGUUGAUGAUCUCAGUUCUCCUAUGAUGAGAAGACCAGUGGAAUGUAGUCGAUUAGCUCCAGUUCGUGAAGAAAUGCAGAUCAGAGCACGAGACUCUGCAGCUUACUACAGCUGCGAUGACCACUUUGUUGUGGUAGACAAAACCGUCGACUAUGGUAGAGGAGGAGCAAUGCCUGAUAAAAGUAAAACCAGUACACCAGAAGUAAGAGCUCAAGCUCAGCCUUUUGGAACUAGCACAACAUCAUAUACAACAGGUUCCUCAAGCAACAGAAGCAGUAUCCCCUCAAGCAACAGAAGCAGUACAGUAGCACCUAAAGAGAUCACGGAUGACGGAAUUCUCUACCGAUUUGUCAGAUUACUGCUGGCCCUGAUUGUGAAAGCUUUUGCCUUCUUCCACAUAGCGUAUGGUCAGCAGGACACACCGGUCAGCAACCCCCUGCCUCCAGCUGAGCCUGAACCAGUCUCUGAUGAUCAUCCAGCAGUUGAUACUUUCAGUGCCGACAACAUCAGCCCUGUCAUCGAGCGGCUCCAGAGGCUCGAGGGUAAGGUCGAUGAGCUUGGCAACAAGCCCCGAGAGAUUCCCCUGGAGAAAGAACGCUCCCUUUUGGAAUCAUGGGAUAGGAUAAAAUGCAUCGAAUCGGAUCUUGAACGGACAAAGAAGGUGCUGCAAGCUACCGUGAUGAAGCAACUGGAAAUCGCAGAAUCAAUUGAGGAGGUGAUUAGAUCACAGCUAAGGAGACGAAGAUUUUGUGCGUAACAAAACAACUCUUAACUCUGGAAUUAACAACACGGGUCAUCGAGGAGAUGAGGCUUAAUUGGGAGCACAUUUGGUGGCAAAAUUAUGCAUAGGACACGGUUUGAUGAGUGCAGAGAAUGAAUUCGGUGUUCGAAUGAAUUGGCUCAAAGAAUAGGUGCCAGGAGCCCAGGAACAGCAAAAGAUCAGCUCCCAUUUCAUCUCCUCUUCUGAACCAAAGAGGCUUAUGUAUCAUUCAUGAUAGCACAUAGGAUAUUAGGAUGGAUGGCACAAAAUCUAGCAUACAAAUGGAAAUCGAUGUCAUACGGAUGUCAAUUGUAUGCUACUUCUAGAAACAUGAGCACCAGAGUCCUCUGCCAGAAAAUGUGCUUUGUGUGGUACCAUCAUACGGCAAAUUUGUAGAAAUCAUGGGAAAAUGCUCGUACAACUGGGAAAAUUUGGUUAGAUUGUGAAAGUCAUUGGUUGCUAUAUUUUAGAUUAGAAAAGAAGUAAUAGAUCUUACUGGUACUUGACAAAGCCGAGUGACCAACUGUUUAUAAUUAAGCUCAAAUUUCACUUCCCAAUAGAAGUUGAGAUCAAGCCAUCGGUAGUUAUUAUCGUUAGACUUGUUGAUCUUCAUUUGCUGCCAAAUCUACUGUAGCUGUCAUGCCAUGCCACUAGUUCAGUCCCUCGGCCAUAAAUA